AUAUUACAGACACUUGGCACCUGAUCACUUGCUUCAAAUAUGCCAUCGGCUUGGACCGCUUCUAGAGCAAGAAAUUCCCCAAAGUGUCCCUGGGGUGCAGACGUUAUUAGGAGCUGGCAGACAGUCCUUGCUUCGUACAAACAAAAGUUGCAAACACGUGGUGUGGAAGGGAUCUGCUCUCGCUGCGCUACAUUGUGGGAGGCCUCCGGAGUCCCCUGUGAAUUAUGGCAGUCCACCCAGUAUAGUGGAUACCCUGUUUUCAAGAAAACUAAAUGGAAAAUACAGACUGGAACGCCUUGUUCCCACUGCAGUCUAUCAACACAUGAAGAUGCACAAACGGAUUUUAGGACACUUAUCCUCUGUCUACUGUGUAACUUUUGACCGGACUGGCAGGCGAAUAUUCACUGGCUCAGAUGACUGCCUCGUGAAGAUCUGGGCGACGGACGAUGGAAGGCUGUUGGCCACCCUGAGAGGGCACGCGGCCGAAAUAUCCGACAUGGCGGUGAACUACGAGAACACCAUGAUCGCUGCUGGGAGCUGCGACAAAAUGAUCCGCGUUUGGUGCCUUCGGACCUGCGCGCCCUUGGCCGUUCUGCAGGGCCACAGCGCCUCCAUAACCUCCCUGCAGUUCUCUCCACUGUGCAGUGGCUCAAAGAGAUACUUAUCUUCAACCGGGGCAGAUGGAACAAUAUGCUUUUGGCUGUGGGAUGCUGGCACCCUUAAAAUAAAUCCGAGGCCAACGAAGUUUACAGAGCGCCCUCGGCCCGGAGUCCAAAUGAUCUGUUCUUCUUUUAGUGCUGGUGGAAUGUUUUUGGCCACUGGGAGUACAGAUCACAUCAUUAGGGUUUAUUUCUUUGGAUCAGGUCAGCCAGAGAAGAUAUCAGAGUUGGAGUUUCAUACUGACAAAGUUGACAGCAUUCAGUUUUCUAAUAGUAGUAGCAGAUUUGUGAGUGGGAGCCGUGAUGGAACAGCACGAAUCUGGCAAUUUAAGCGACGGGAAUGGAAAAGCAUUUUGUUAGAUAUGGCUACUCGCCCAGCAGGGCAAAGUUUACAAGGAGUUGAAGAUAAAAUCACGAAGCUAAAAGUGACCAUGGUGGCGUGGGACCGCCACGACAACUCUGUCAUAACAGCAGUAAAUAACAUGACUCUGAAAGUUUGGAAUUCUUUCACUGGCCAACUCAUUCACAUUCUCAUGGGCCAUGAAGAUGAAGUGUUUGUACUUGAACCUCAUCCGUUUGAUCCAAGAGUUCUCUUCUCUGCUGGACACGAUGGAAAUGUCAUCGUUUGGGAUUUGGCAAGAGGGGUCAAAAUCCGGUCUUACUUCAACAUGAUUGAAGGCCAAGGACACGGGGCAGUUUUUGACUGCAAGUGCUCUCCUGACGGGCAGCAUUUUGCAUGUACUGAUUCUCACGGUCACCUUCUGAUUUUUGGCUUUGGUUCCAGUAGCAAAUACGACAAGAUAGCAGAUCAGAUGUUCUUUCAUAGUGAUUAUCGGCCCCUUAUCCGUGACGCCAACAACUUCGUCCUGGACGAACAGACCCAGCAGGCUCCCCACCUUAUGCCUCCCCCCUUUUUGGUUGACGUGGAUGGCAACCCUCAUCCUGCCAGGUAUCAGAGGCUGGUUCCUGGUCGUGAGAACUGCAGGGAGGAGCAGCUCAUUCCUCAGAUGGGAGUCACAUCUUCAGGCUUGAAUCAAGUUCUCAGUCAACAAGCCAAUCAGGAGGUGAGUCCGUUGGACAGCAUGAUCCAGAGGCUGCAGCAGGAGCAGGACCAGAGACGCUCCGGGGAGGCGGGGACCAGUAGCACCAGCCGGAUAAGCCGAGGGUCUGUAAGUUCUACCUCAGAAGUUCACUCACCCCCAAACAUCGGGCUGAGGCGCAGUGGGCAGAUCGAGGGCGUGCGUCAGAUGCACAGCAACGCCCCGCGCAGCGAAAUCGCCACCGAGCGCGACCUGGUGGCCUGGAGUCGGAGGGUGGUGGUGCCUGAGCUCUCUUCUGGUGUGGCCAGUAGGCAGGAGGAAUGGAGAACAGCGAAGGGAGAAGAAGAAAUCAGGGUGUAUCGAUCGGAAGAGAAGAGGAAACACGUAACGAGUCACAUUCAAAGAGAAAACAAAAUACCUGCUUUCUCUAAGAACCAUUCUCAUGACCAUCUCCUGGACACCAGCGACUCGAGGAAGCAGCAGGCCAACCAGCACAGCUACCGCACCAGAUACGCCGUGGAGGAGACCGCGAGGCCCGCGGAGGAGCUAGAAAAUGGGCACAGUUCCUCAGAUGAAGGGGAAGUGGUUGUUGCCAGUGGUGGGACAUCAGAAGACGAUGAAAGAGCGUGGCACAGUGAUGGCAGUUCUAGUGACUACUCCAGUGAUUAUUCUGACUGGACGGCAGAUGCAGGAAUCAAUUUGCAACCACCAAAGAAAAUUCCUAAAAUUAAAACAAAGAAAGCAGAAAGCAGUUCUGAGGAUGAAGAAGGACCUGAAAAACAAAAGAAGCAGAUUAAAAAGGAAAGGAAAAAAGGGAUUGAGGAGAAGGAUGGACCGUCAACAUCACCAAAGAAGAGGAAACCCAAAGAGAGAAAACAAAAGAGGCUGGCGGUGGGAGUUCUGGCCGAGAACGGCCUGACGCUGGAGGAGUGGCUGCCCUCGGCCUGGAUCACUGACACCGUUCCCCGCCGCUGCCCCUUCGUGCCACAGAUGGGAGAUGAGGUCUACUAUUUCCGACAAGGUCACGAAGCCUACGUUGUAAUGGCCAAGAAGAAUAAAAUAUAUAGUAUUAAUCCCAAGAAACAACCAUGGCAUAAAAUGGAAUUACGGGAGCAAGAGCUGAUGAAAAUAGUUGGGAUUAAGUAUGAAGUGGGGUUGCCUACUCUCUGCUGCCUAAAACUCGCCUUUCUUGACCCUGACACGGGUAAACUGACGGGAGGAUCAUUCACCAUGAAGUACCACGAUAUGCCUGACGUGAUAGAUUUCCUAGUUUUGAGGCAGCAGUUUGACGAUGCGAAACACAGGCGAUGGAACAUAGGCGAUCGUUUCAGGUCUGUGAUAGACGACGCGUGGUGGUUUGGGACCAUCGAGAGCCAGGAGCCUCUCCAGCCCGACUACCCCGAUAGCUUGUUCCAGUGCUACAACGUCUGCUGGGACAACGGUGACACUGAGAAGAUGAGCCCUUGGGACAUGGAGCUGAUACCAAGUAAUGCUGUGUUUCCUGAAGAACUGGGAACGAGUGUUCCUUUAACAGACGAUGAACGUCGGACGCUGCUCUAUAAACCUCUGGAUGGAGAGUGGGGCUCCAGGACCCGGGACGAGGAGUGUGACAGGGUUAUUGCAGGGAUAAACCAGCUCAUGACUCUGGAUAUUGCCUCUGCCUUCGUGGCACCUGUGGAUCUCCAAGCCUACCCCAUGUAUUGCACUGUUGUGGCCUAUCCCACGGACCUCAGCACCAUCAAACAGAGACUGGAAAGCAGAUUUUACAGGCGCCUCUCGUCGCUGAUGUGGGAGGUGCGGUACAUCGAACACAACACUCGCACCUUCAACGAGCCGGGGAGCCCCAUUGUCAAAUCUGCCAAAUUUGUCACCGAUCUGCUGCUGCACUUCAUCAAAGACCAGAGUUGCUACGACAUAAUCCCGCUGUACAACGCCAUGAAGAAGAAGGUGUUGUCUGACUCCGAUGAGGAAGAAGAGAAAGAUACAAAUGUGCCAGGAACUUCCACUAGAAAAAGAAAGGACCACCAGCCGAAGCGGCGGCUGCGUAACAGAGCCCAGUCCUACGACAUCCAGUCCUGGAAGAAGCAGUGCCAGGAGCUGCUCAACCUCAUCUUUCAGUGCGAAGACUCUGAGCCCUUUCGACAGCCCGUGGAUCUCCUGGAGUACCCGGAUUAUAGAGAUAUUAUUGACACUCCUAUGGAUUUUGCUACUGUUAGAGAAACACUGGAAGCUGGAAACUAUGAGUCACCAAUGGAGUUAUGUAAAGAUGUGAGACUUAUUUUCAGCAAUUCCAAGGCCUAUACGCCGAGUAAAAGAUCAAGGAUCUACAGCAUGAGUUUGCGCCUCUCUGCUUUCUUUGAAGAACACAUCAGCUCGAUUUUAUCGGAUUAUAAAUCUGCCCUGCGCUUUCAUAAAAGAAAUACAAUAAAGAAAAGAAGGAAAAAAAGAAGUAGGAGCAGCUCGGUGUCCAGUAGCGUUGCAUCCAGCCCCGAAAGGAAGAGGAGAUUAAUAAAACCUCCCCUGAAGGCGGAAUCCUCAGCCCCCUCUUCGUCGUGUGCGGCGGCACGGUCGCUGGCCCCGCGGCACGCUGCGCCCCAGCUGAACGGCAGGGCGGCCGACGCCUCCGCCCUCGUCAGGACCCGCAGCGCCAGGGGAGCGCCGGACGCCGCCGUCACCGAGCAGCCCUCCACCUCGUCAGGAGCUAAGCCCUUAACGAUAAAGCCUUUAAUCACAAAGCCUAAUGCUACUGCAGGGUCAGCAAAGUCAGUACUGGAGAAUUCAACCAAACAUUCCAAGAACCAGAAUGUGGUAUCCAUCCCCAGUCAGUCGGAUUACAGCCACAACACUAGGAAUAACUCCACAAGGGAAAAUCCCGAGAAAGAGAAGCAAAUCAAGCGCAAAGUCAAAUCUGCCACCGUUAAUCAACAAGCAGAUUGCAAGAAUAAUGCUCUGGCAUCGGGGAGCGUCCAGGUGAACGGGCACGGAGGGCAGCCCUCAAAACCCCCUGUUAAAAGAGGUCCUGGAAGGAAACCGAAGGUGGAGACGAAUUUAAACAGUAGCUGUGAAGUGGUGCACAAGAAAAGAGGCAGAAAACCAAAAAAGCUCCAACUGGUUGAACAGCAAAAGGUCGCAGAGCAGAACGCGAUCCAGACUGCAAGGGAUGUGCCCGAAGAAGCCUCCGCUUCUACCGCCUGUAAUUCUCUUUCUGAAAACAACAUGAAGGAAGACUUGUUACAAAAAAAAGGCCGUGGGGGUAGAAAGCCAAAAAGAAAGAUGAAGACCCAUCCCCCAGGCUCGGACCUUCCAGUUCCUGCGAAUGUUAAAAUGCAGACGAGGAGCAGGAGGAAAAAGAUGGAGGAGCCCAUGGAGGAGGGGUCUGAAGAGCUGAAAGACUCUGAACCUCACAUGAGAACUAGAAACCAGGGUAGGAGGACAGCCUUUUACAAUGAGGAUGACUCUGAGGAAGAGCAAAGGCAGCUGUUGUUUGAAGACACCUCCUUGACUUUCGGAACGUCUAGCAGAGGCCGAGUCCGAAAGUUGACUGAAAAAGCAAAAGCUAAUUUAAUCGGUUGGUGAUUUUUACCAAGGGUUUGACUUCAGAACGCUACGAAGCAGGUACAGUUAAGGAAGAGCAGACCAGACUUCUGCUUCCCUGCUGCUAUUGGGGGUUAGGAGAACAUGUUCUGAUUUGGGGAGAAAAAUUUAGCAAAAAAGAAAGAAAAAAAAAAAAACCCAACAAAAAACUGAAAGAACAUUCUUUGAAAGAAAUAUAUAUUUUAAACUUUUGCUAUUUAUUGCCCUCCAAAUAGGUUAUGCAUUUCAAGAGUCGUUUUGUUGACAGUUGGGAAUAAGUGAAGCAGUUUCUGAGUGAUGGCUGGAGCUGAGAACUGCUCUGCUCGCGUGGUGUCCCCACCCCCUUCACAAACGGUGACAGGACUCAGAGUGCCACAGACUGAAACCAGAAGUCUAUUUUUAACCAAGCAAGGUACACGGAGAUUGUAAAAGUCCAGUUGCCUGGGAAGGCAGGUUUUUUGGCAAAAAGUGGCAGUAAAUUCACUUACAUUUCUAUUAAAUACAAAAAAAAAAAAAUACCAAACUUUGCUAAUCUGAAAAUGCUUAAUUUCAGUUGUGAUGGAACGUUCAGCUGCAAAAGAAGCCUGGCACAGGCUGUUGGUUUAUCCAAGUUCUGCCAAACAUAGCAAAAAUGUAAUCACAAAUAUAUAUAUAUAUAUAUAUAUCCACAUUGGAAAAAGUUUGACUAAUGUCUAAUUUUUCAGACCUUGAUUCUUGUAUCAAUCACUAAAUCUCUGUUUAUUGUGCCAAAGACUGAGAAUCAGUGCAGUGGAAAAGCCUUUUUUUUUUUUUUGUUUUUUUGAUUCUUUCUUUUCGGGUGUCAGUACAACAUACCAUUUGCAGUGAUAAAAGCUGUGGAUUGUUUGAAAUAGCAAGUUGUUAACAUUGUUCUGAAAUGUAUCUUUUUUUUUUAAUUUUUUUUUUUGGUACUUUUGGUAGAAAAUAAUGCACUGGUGGGGUCCUUUGACAGAGAUGUUUUAGACAAAAUGUAUAAUUGGUUAAAGGAUUCAAGGAAAUGACAGGACAGGUAUGGAACGAUGAUGUUUACUUUCUGAUCCAGAUUGAUUGUUGUUUCUACAACUUUAGACGUGCUGAAGAGGCUAAAAUGACCUACAAAGAAGAGUGUUAUGUGUAUAUAUUAAUAUAUACAUAAAACACGUACCUAGAAAAUAUUACCCAGGUAUAAAUUUUUUUCAGGAUUUUUUAGAUAGCACUAGAAUUGAAGAGAAAUUUUAAAAUGUCAUAAUUUAUAGUUUAAUUUUAAGGGGAAGAUUGGUUAUUUUCAAUUAUUAAGGUUCAAAAGGCCAAAUCACUUUUUAUGCAAUCAUGUUUUAUACAGUGGUCUCAUUGCACAUUGUGUUUUUCUGCACUUUUUAUGGUAUAUCACGCUGACAUAAGUCAAUAUACACCCUAAAGAAAAAAUUCCAUUUAAUGAUUGUGCCUUGUAUUCUAUUAUUUCUUGCAUCCUUAGUAAAAUUAAGUUGUCUAUUGUAAAUGAUAACUAUAUGACUUAGGGGAAUGUAUUGUUAUAUGUACUGCUCUAGAAAAGAAAAGCAGUUAUUUAUUUGUUUAUGGUACAUUUAGUUAUUUUAUACCUUUACAAAACAAACUUUAAUACCAUUUUCUAUCACUUAAAGUAUUGUCCAGUUUUAAGAAAAAAAAAAAAUACAGAAGUAGUCAUAUUUUCUGAGAUCUGGUAUGGUACAAAAAUGUAACCAAAAUUUUCUGGUUAUACAUUAUUUUGGAAGUUUGGGUAGUGGGAAAGGGUUUUUUUGUGUGUGUGUGACCCUAACUUAGUUGAAAAAAUAAACCUGAAAUGAAACCUCAAUUCUGUACACCCUUACUUUAUAGUAAUAUUUUCUUUUUAUUUUAUUUUAUUUUUUUAUUUUUCCAAACAUCAUCUGCAAUAUCUGGAAGGGAGGGCAUACAGAAUUAAGACCUUAAAUUUGCACAGAUUCUCUAUACUUAUUUGAGGCCUAAUUCUUCACUCUUUUAUUUUCUGUUAUUAAAAAAAAAAAAGAAAUCUUAACUGUGUGAGCCAAGACCGUUGGUAUCUGGCACCGAGAGGAACAGAACCGUGCUUACUGUGGAGAGCAAACAGGCAUUUUGCUGCAAAAAAAUUACUCAAAUACUUUGGAAUUGUUAUGGAUGUGAAUUUGGGAAGCAGGGAUUUAGUUUGCAUUUCAUUUGUUGGUGUAUUAUUCCAUUAGUUCAGUUCAAGUGGAGUCCCUGGGUGUGCUGAGGAGCGGUGCGGCUCCACGGCUCGUGGUUCGUUCUGUCCCAUCUCCCUGAUGAAGGCAAUCAUUAGAAACUGUGUAAUUUCCUGAUGUUAUCUGCAUUGUAAUAUAUCAGAUAGAUUCUAUCUAAAGCUCAACUUCUGUAUUUACUCCCAUUUGUACUAAUGUUUUCUAUGGCAUGUUGAUGUAUAUAUUUAUAUAUGGAGAAUACCUUGUGAGUUUCGGAGACUGAAAUACGCGUUCCCUCAGCAGUAGGUAGAAAAUUGUACAUCUUAAUUUUACAAGAAUAGAAGGCCUUACCUGCAGAACAUGGGCACUGCUGCCCACCAGUAACACCACUGACUUCAGCCAGGAAUUUUUUAAUUCAUAUUAGACACAUUAAUGCUUUUUUUUUUUCUUUAAAAAAAAAAAAAUGUGCAUAAUUUGGGUCAAAUUUUUUAUAUAAGCAACACUAAAAAAUUAUUAGAAGUUAAUAUCAGAUUUACUUGAAAGUUCUAUUUUUAUAAUUUAAUGUCACUAGAUCACAGACUUUAUUUAUGAUACUUUCGUCACCAUCAGACUGUGCAUUUCGGUUGGGGAAAAAAAAAAUGUGUUCUUUGAGGUUGUUGUGACAUACUGUAUCGACACAGAAAAAGAGCUUUUUAUUACAAAGUCUUAACAUUUUAAAAAUGUGAGCAAUAAACCAUUGGUGGGUGUUCUGAGCUAACUGAAGAACUCCAGCUACGUGCAUGUUUUACGAUGCCAUCUCCAGUACCUGCCGACCGGUUCAGAAAAAAAAGGAGUAUCAGAAUCUCACGUGCUUGUUUCUCAUUUGCAUUUGUAAAUAGUCCAUAGGUUCGGAGUCAUAGACACGCAAAUGAGCUUACAGACCUGGCAGUUUUAAUCAUUAAAUUCUUUUUGACGUGGGUGUGAGGAUACUGUCCUGGUGUUUGUACUGGGAAACGCUGGGAAGUUGAUCGGAAGCCGCUGUAUGUACCUGUCCCUCCCUAAUUAACGACCCUUCAGCCCUUCCCUUUCUGUUGUCAGGGUGUUUUUUGGGAACUGAACUGACAUUUUUACCACUGUAGUGUUUCCUUCUUGUCAAUAUUGAACUAGAGCUCUUUGUCCCCGGGCAGUGAGCAGUGACACACCUUUACAGAGCAAUGUCUUCCUCCGGUGAUUAGCCUGCUGUGAUAUAUAUUUGCAUAUGUUUAUUUGUACAGUGUCCGGUUUGUACAUGUGCUCAGUUUGUUGAUAAAGACUUUGUAAGAUUGAGUUGGUUGAGUUAAAUAUUACUAUGGCUUAAUAUUUGUAAAGCUAUGACUUGAUAAAGGACCCUGAUGCAGCACGUAGGAUAUAUUAAUAGCUAUAAAAAAUAAAUAAAUUGUAGUGUAGAGACAACUCACUGUAUUGCUGUACAAAUAUUUUUCAAGUACCAAUUCUGAUUCUGUGCCAGAGGCUUUUGUCUUACCAAAAAAAAAAGAACUACUUACAACCCAAAAAAAUAGCCUGUCCAUUCCGUAACUUCAACUUGUUACAAUUUUUACACCACGUUGUUAAAUCUUUUGCUCACAUUUGUCGGAUCAAGGACUACAAGUGAAUGCUUGAGCGUGUAAUUUGAAUUUAAGCACGUGUUCAAUGGUUGACUGGUUCUAUAAAAGCAAUAGGCUUAACUGACUGGGACCCUUUCACCCCGCACUUGCAUAGUAAAUUGGAGGUUAGAGGACUUUAAGCUCACUUUCAUCAAGGCUUGCAUUUCAUUUGAAGCCCGCAGAUCUCGCUGAGGUCAUUUUACCAUGUUGCUGGUCAAUCAGUAGAACAGCCAUACGGCAGCAAUGACGUCGUGUCCCGAGUCCUUACCUUACUCUAAAGUAGUGUCUUUUGUCCACAGUAGUUUUUCCUUUUCGCUUUUUUAUUUAACAGUUGAGUGUUUUAACAAGAAUUUAAAUGCAACUCUGCAACAGCGCUGUGAUACAGAAGGUUGGGGGCUUUAAACCCUCACCUAGGAACAGCAAAAAGCUCCUUUUCUGUUUACUACCUAAUGAAGCCAAAUGAAGUGUGUAAAAUUGCUGUACCACGUAGUUUCUUUUAUCCCUGAAGUUCUUGUAACGGAUUGGUUUCCAAGGGGACCUAGAUAUUCAACUGAUAAAGGGCUGUUAGUUUUCUGCUGUAAAUUACUGUAUAUACAAGCUUGUUCAUACGCAGAGGAAAGUGUAUGAAAUUUCCUAAAAUUGGCCAAGGCUUGACGAUGUGUUUCCAAUAAGAAAUGGGGGACUGACAGCUGACGUGGUUUCCUUUUCUCUACCCAGGAGCGCAGUUUCUUCGCGUUCUGCUGCGUCUGGGGGAAGGAAGGGGCAGCUUUUUAAACAAGAGCUAAACCUCGAGCUGCUUUUGCAUUUGUGCUGGUUUGAAGGUGGGAAUUGGCCGUGUCAUUUCACAGUGUGUUAGAGGAGGAAACGCGCUGAGAAAGUGAGAAUAAAUCACAGAAGAAGGUGAUUAGCUUUCCCCCCCCUCAAGGGUCUAACAGCCUCAAGGCACUCUAGAGAGAAACCUUAUAAUGCUGCAAUAAAAUAAAGGUGGAAUAAAUGUAGCUUUUAGGGGCUUGGUAGUGAAACGAGUAGUCAUUUGAAUCCUUUUUAAUGCAGAUAAAUACAUCAGGAAAUUCACUUCGAAUAAUGCAAACGAUACAUUUUAGGAAGGGAUGGUAGUACUGUGCUAUGAAUUUCUCCCCUGGAAGAAACAAUGGGGUGGUAGGAAUUGGGAGUAGGAGGGAAUCCAAGUCCCUGUCCCGUGGAGAGGCCAGUGGGAUGUACAGAUACUGGGCUGGGCUGGAGACUCUGCAGAAGUUACAUUUUUGGACCAUACUAAAAAGGCAGAAGUGGUGGUGGACAACUGGAUGGUCAUCUUGCAGGAAUUAAAAUUCUUGUCAUCGUGUUUAAAUACGGAUAGAAGGGAGCUCAACUUGGAGGAAAUGACCUAGGAAGGUUAAUUUUGAAACUGACACAUUUUCAGAUUAAAAAAAAAAUAAAAAUAACGCUUAUUUUGUACAGAAUUAUGUAAACCACAAAUCUGUUGUAUGUAAUGAGUAACAGUUUUGGAAACUAUAAUUCUUUAGCUUUAUCAAGGUUGGGUUUGGUUUUGUUUUUUUUUUUCCUUCCAGAAAUCUGGAUUAUCAUGUUAUAACCUGAAGUAUCUCGCCAGAAUAACAGUGCCCUUUCUUUUUGUACAUAUGGAUUGAAAAUUUCUUUACUGUUAUGUGGACACUUUCUAUGUUAGUUUUGAUGCAUAAUACUUUGAAUCCUUUUAUACAAACUAGAAUGUAUGUGUAAGAAUUACUGUCACUGCAAUGUAGUAACUACAAACUUAUUUUUAAAUAAAUAGAAAACAUGUUUUUCUAAGCCGUC